CCCAGAUCAACACGGGGCAACGACUAUCCGCAUAUCUCCAUUCGAACACAGACAAGGACUGUCGCCAUAUCCAACUGGGCUAGACCAAAUCGCGAUCCAUUUCCAUAGACAAACGACCACCGCGCCGAAAGUAAACAAACCGCGAGAGAGCACCAGCCCACAAUCCCCAAGCCACCAAACAGCCGGCGCAGACUCCCUAUCUCCAAGUCGCGAGCCUCUUUAGUCACGACUAGAGAUUUAUUCAAAAACCGUCGGACCAGAAUUGUCCACCCCGAUCACCAAGAUGAACUACAACUACAAUUACAACCCACCACCCCCCUCCUUCUCCACCCUCCUCCCGCCUCUCCAUUCCUCUCUCAACCUCCUCUCCUCUUCCCUCUCCCUCCUCGACUCGUCCACCUCCGACUUCCCCCGACUCUCCUCUGUCCUCAAAACUGUUCGGCACUACGAACUGAUCCCCCAACCGACUUUACAAGCUGCCGAAGCUUCAUUACGCGACGAAAUCGGCCCGUUCAUCGAGCUGCUGCUGGAGAGGGUGGACAAAGAGCUGGAGCGAAAAGGUAGGAGGGUGGAGACGCUCAAGGCCAGGUGUGAGCUCAAUGGCGGGAGACUGUCGAAUUACAAUCGAGAACAGAAAAGUGGUGGUGCAGGAGGCGGCAUACAGAAGAAGGGUGGUGGUACUAAGGAGGCCGGAAGUGGAAGUGGGGGGAAGAAGCUCAAUGGGGAGGCUGCGCUGAGAGCCAAAGUGGUCAGGCAGCGCAAGGAGGCACUCAAGUAUAGUGUCGAACGGUUGGAGAUGGAGGUGGCCCAGAAGGAGAGGGAGUUGAGGAUGAGGUUGGAGCAGCAGGGAGGUGGGCCGGUGCUGUGACGGAAGUUUAUACGGGAAACGGCAUUAUACACCCGCAAACGAACCCGCGGUACCAGAAUGCUUACGGAUCUGGAAAGGAGGGACGGCUUGGCCGCCACGGUCGUGGACGGACACAGUAGCUGUCUAUUCCCAUGUGCCGAACUGGACACCGGGUCAAGAGACUCAUGCAUGGUUUAGGGGUCUCGAGAGGAUACCGUCGUGAGUCAGGGCAGGGUAUCGACAGCCUCGCCACGUCAUUCCACUUCUGCAUGGCUAGAAUCGCUUGCACUUCUUCCUUUGGGGCCCAGAACUGCUGGUAUUUAAAUCCCCUCGAUGUUUCCUUUCUACUUCAUCUCAUUCGUGCCUGACCAACAACACCCAAAUUUGCUGCCAAUUACUACUAGGUCGCCAACAAACGCUCCAAGCGGGGAAUAAAAAGCCAGUUUCCUUGAUCCCAUCAACUUCAAUUUUGGUCAAACACCCUGUCGUGCCCGCAGUCAGCCCAGCAGCCUCCAGAUGGUUCCGGCGUCUAGCAAACAGCCAUGACAGUGUGACACCGCCGGCAAACCCUGCUAUCAAUGAGCAAUAUCGGCGCGUUGGACCGGGCAUCAC